AUGUUCGACAGUUUCCCUCAGAGAGAUGUCGAUGUCUCUGUUUGUUUCACGGUCAGUCAAGGGCGUGAGACAGUGUUUGCUGUUUUGGAUUUCUCAUCGCUCCCAUCUGCUGACUCCGACAUCAGAGACGACGAAGAGUUAUCGGAGACGACGAAGAGGCUUCUGAAGACUGCAUCUCCCGCUCAUCUGUUCUUAGCCUUUUCAUCAUGGUUGAGUAAACGAACUGGUUUAUCUAAGGACGAUGCAACCACUCUGUUGCUUAAAUAUAAAUGGGAUGAGGAUCUAAUUGUUCAGAAAUGGAACACCGCAGGCAACGAUGUGAUCUCACGAACAGGGAUUAUCUUCCCUUCUCUGUUUGCGCCUUUGGAGGAGGAGGUACCUUGUGCUCAGUGUCAAUCUCCCUCAGUUUGCAAAAACUUUGGAUGCGAUCACUUGAUCUGCAAUCGUUGCACCAAAGGCAUAUAUCUCUGUUUCCCGCUUUUGUCCUUCUUCUUUCUGUAUGUGGAAGAAAAGAUCAGCGAAGGAGAGUUGAAUAUUAAAUGUCCCUUGUUCUACUGCAACAAAGUGAUGGCUUCAUCUAGGUUCCUAGAUGAAGUUUCUGCUGAUCACAAGAAUCUCUUUAGAGAAGGUUUAACUGGAAAUUACAAUGCUUCCAAGAUCAAAAAGGACGUGGUUAAUUCCUUCGAUGGCUUUGCUGCUGCUUUCCACUCUGGAUUAGGCCUUGUCACAGGAUUUGUUGCUAGAAUCUGGAGCAAUAAGUGGAGAGCUGUUUCUACUCUACUGCUACUGUUCGUAUUUUGUAGACUAUUUUAUGGCUGCACUGGAGCCACACUUCAAUGUGUUGCUGAGCUUUCCAUAUUAAACAUUUUGGCGAUGACGGCUAAGAUAGGAAGCAUUUUAAAAUUGUUUUUCCUAUACUUGCUGCUCAAGAUAGCACUAAACAAUCAUGUCUUCACUGUUGCUGUGUUAUCUUCGGUGGCAACAUGUAUUUUCAUAUUUUUAGUCAUUGCAAAAGUUAUCAGCAGCUGCGUACGUGUUGUGGCAAGGACUUUCACUUAG